CUCGCGAGGCUGGGCCGCUCUGGGAGCCGCUUCAGAGGCUGUCAGCGGAGGUGGUCCCUGGGCUGGGCGUGUGGCUGAGCCCUGCGGGGUCCGCGGCCGCCUCUCCGCCCUCGCGGCCGGGCGCUACGUCUGCUCGCAGAAGAGGCAGAACGGGGCCGCCGAGUCUGUUCCGUUGGGUGCACAGGUCCCCCUUGGCGGGCCCCGUGGGUCCGCGUCGCCCCAGCUGACGACCGCGAAGCACUGCCUGGAGCGGAGUGAGUGGGAGAAAUCCGGGGACUGAGCUGCCGUGGGUGGGUCGGCAGCCUCCUGCGCCCGCGCCGCCCCGGUGCCGGACCUUCUCUCCCGCGGUCAGCGCGAGCUCCCCUCUCCGGAACCGAGCUGCAGAGUCUCAUGAGCAGCCUGACUCUGUGGACACACCUUCCGUGUUUGUUCUCUGCCUGCUUUACCAACCCCGGACCUCACCACGAAGGGUGGGCAAGGACAGACCCUGCUCAGUCUUCAGUUUGUCCCUUUGCAGCAUUUGACCCGGAGAGCCAUUCCGCCUUUCUUCAAACUGCCCUCCGCAAGGUAUUCCUUUAGAAAUGAGUUGCACAAUUGAGAAGGCACUUGCUGAUGCUAAAGCCCUUGUUGAAAGGCUUCGAGAUCAUGACGAUGCAGCAGAAUCUCUAAUUGAGCAAACCACAGCUCUCAACAAGCGAGUAGAAGCAAUGAAGCAGUAUCAGGAAGAAAUUCAAGAACUUAAUGAAGUUGCAAGACAUCGACCACGGUCUACAUUAGUUAUGGGAAUCCAGCAAGAGAAUAGACAAAUCAGGGAAUUACAACAAGAAAACAAAGAAUUACGUACAUCCCUGGAAGAACAUCAGUCUGCCUUGGAACUUAUAAUGAGCAAGUAUCGAGAACAAAUGUUUAGAUUGCUAAUGGCUAGCAAAAAAGAUGAUCCGGGUAUAAUAAUGAAGCUAAAAGAACAGCACUCCAAGAUUGACAUGGUACAUCGUAACAACUCCGAAGGAUUCUUCCUUGCUGCAUCUCGACACAUCUUUGAAGCACCUCAGCAUGGACUCGAGAGGAGGCACUUGGAAGCAAAUCAGAAUGAGUUACAGGCACAUGUUGACCAGAUAACUGAAAUGGCAGCAGUCAUGAGAAAAGCCAUUGAAAUUGAUGAGCAGCAGGGUUGCAAGGAACAAGAAAGAAUAUUUCAGCUUGAACAAGAAAACAAAGGCUUGAGAGAGAUCCUUCAAAUAACUCGAGAAUCAUUUUUGAACCUUCGGAAGGAAGAUGUAUCAGAAAGUACGUCUUUGUCAGCAUUAGUGACCAAUAGUGAUCUGAGUCUGAGAAAGAGCUGAAGGAGUUCCGAGUCUGGAGGCUUUGUACAUGGCCCCACACAGUUGCCAAGACUGGCUGAUCAGCUAAUGAAUGAAUGAAUGAACAGAAAAUUCAAUUUCAGUCAACACGUUUUUUCCCCUCUAUAGUAUAUACAGUGCACUAAGAGGUAGCAAUGAAAAAAUGAGUAUUUAAUGGUUGUAAACUUUAUUCCAAAACACGAAAAUGUAGAAACUGACCCACUGUUAAUUGAUGAACAAAAGAAAGAUUUUUCAUGGUGACUCUUGAAUACAUCAAGCUUUCAGUAGUGUUAUUAGCUCUCUCAGUGAUAUAAAUAUAAACUCAACUAGUCCCAAUAAAUGGGAAUUCAUAGAAUUAUUCCAGUUUUAAAAUACAAGUUUUUGCCAUGGUUUUAUGAAUAAGAGAUCUGCAUAGUGAAUUUUAUUCUUCCUGUUUGGUGUCAGAAUUAAAUUGUUUAUGCACCAUGUGACUUAUUACUUAAGUGACUGCUUGUCUACUUUUCCAUUAAUUUAAUUUUUUGUCAAAAUCCAGGUUUAAAGGGACUAGGAAUGUUUCAUAUGUACCACAAACAAGAAGUAAUUUAAUUCCAGCUAAUUUACUGUAACUAAUUCUUAGCUAUAAGUUGUCUAUAAUGUGCUUAAAUGUGUGAAACAUCAUUUCAGGAAUGAAAGAGAAGGAAUAAUUACUUUCUAAGAAAGAAGAUCUUACAAUAGACAUACUUAGUAGGUUAAACUACUCCUUUGAAAGAGUAAGUUUUAAUUCUCAAUCAUUAUGAAAAUGAGAUUUUUUUUUUCUUCUCUGGUUGAUACCUAUUUAAGGGUAUUAUAUGGUUCAUUUAGCUAACAGAGUUGAAAUGUUUGAUAUAGCAAGAUAGGUAUGAUGACUUUCAAGCUAAAUUCAGAAUUCCUCUGGCUCAUAGAACCCCGCCCCCCUUUUUUUAGUAAUUAAUCUCAAAAUACAAAAAAGUAGAGUCAAGCCGGGGAUUUAGCUCAGUGGUGCCGCCGCCUGCCUCGCAAGUGCAAGUUCCUGAGUUUGAUCCCUGGUACCCCCCAAAAAAAAAAUUUUAAGAAAAAAGUACUGUCAAAUUUUGGAAAAAAAAUCUGGAUGUAUUUUUAAGCUCCAUCUGGUCCUCAUACUCAGUAAGAUUUUUCUUCUGACCUUUCAUUUGGAAAGGAAGGUGGAAAUUAUGGAUUUACAUAUAUUUGUUUUGUUUUUUUUAAAAAAUCAAAUAUACAGUGUUGAAUUUUUAAAAGCUACCAGAUAGAGAAAUGUGCUUUAACACCAAUUAAGACCUAAAGUUUUCUUAUUUUGUAGUGAGUAUAGAGUAAAAGGAUAAAAGAGUAUCAAAUAUGAUUAUAUUAUACUCAUUUAUAUUAAAUACAUAUUAAAAUUAGCACAAAUAGAAAAUUCUACUUUUGAGUAUAUAAUUUGUUAAGGAAAUACUACUUCUUGUGAUAAUUUUUGAGUAUUUCAUAUAUUGGUAAAAUUCAAAACUACUUUUCACUUCAGAGAUUUUCUAUCUUAAGUUUGGGGUGGAUGGGCUGAUUAGAAAAGGGCUAAUAGCCCAGACAUUAAAUAGAUUUCUUUUCUCAUUCAGAGGCCUUAAUUAAUAUUUUAUAAAUAAAUGGAAUUUUUUUAUUUUUAAACUUUUCUAUAGGUUUUUAGGAAAGUAUCCCUUCAUUCAAUGGCAUAUUCAUUCAAAUAGUUUUUAUUCCAAGAAAAGAAAAUGAGCUAUGCAGUUGAGAUUAAGACUGAGGCAAUUCAUUGUGGCAGCUCUAUUAUAAAACAUUAUUUGAUAAAUGAUUAUUUUUGUAAACAAGUUAAUUUAUUAUUAGCCUUGUUGCUUGGAUAAAUUUUAAGGUCUUGGGUGUUGAAAGACAGUCACUUUGUUUUUAGGACAGUUUUCCACCCCAUUUUUUUUUUACAGGACUUUAAAUUUAUGUAUGAAAGUAUGUAUUGGCAUAGGAGCCUAUUUUAUCAAUAAAGAUGAAUGGUUAAAACUGGUAUGGCCUCCAGUUUAAUUUGAAAACAGUGUUUGCAUGUCUUGUAUAUAGUUAAUUUUUAAAGCUUUUUGUCUCUUCUUACCAUAAAACAAGUACUAAGCAACAAGUUUUGUUUCUAUUUCUUAGGAGUAGGUCGGCAGUUACUUACUGCUGAUCUUACAGACUUUCUUAUCUGUAGUGGGAUGAGUAAUGUCCCUACAAAAGCUAAGUCCAAACUCUAAACAGCCCUACCUGGAAAUACGACCGACCAUAUCUGGAAAUAGAAAAUCUACACAUGUAAUUUUCUCAGGAUUAAGAUCACUUUGGAUUUAGUUGAACCCCAAAUGCGGUGACUGGUGUCCUUAUUAAAAGAUUUGAAACAGAGAAAAAGCCACAUGAAGACAGAGGCAGAGAUUUAUGCAACCUAGGAACACCAACGAGCCUUAGCCACCAUCCAAAACUAGGAGAGAGGCAUGGAAUGGAUUUCCCCUCAGAUCCUGCAGAAGAGACCACCCUACUUGAUUAUAGGGUUUGGCCUCCAGAACUGUGAGAAAAUAGAUAGAUGUCUUAUUUUAAGCCACUCAGCCUGUGAUUAUUUCUUAGAGCAGCACUAAGAAACUAAUACAUCAUAUAUUUAUCAUGAAUCAACCUUUUUAAAAUUUUAUGUAGGGAUUAGAAUUCUAAAAACUAUAUACAGCCUCACAGAUAAAAUGCUUCUGUUCAAAUUUAUAUUCUUUUAUAUCAAAGCAACUUCUAAAUUUUUAUAUUUCUAAACUGCUUCAGUGAAGAAAUGGAGACUCAUAGAUCCAUAAAUUAAUUUUGGGUGAAUAAUAUUAGCUUUUUUAUGAGAGUGAAACAAUUUUUUAUUUUUUAUUUUUUUGGUACCAGGCAUCGAACUCAGGUCCUUGCGCUUGCGCAGCAGGUGGCGAAACCACUGAGCUAAUGUCCGGCCCGAGAGUGAAACAAUUUUAAUAAAAUAUUGGUGAAAACAAUUUACAGCUGGCAUUUGAGGGUACCUUUUCCUUUUCUCUCACUGGCUGCUCUGUCUCUAGCCUCUUGUUCUUUUCUUCUCUCUGGCCUCUUAACACUAUAGAGCCACCACAUGCAGGCUACUCCUAUUGAGUGCUGUAUCUCUACUACUCCUUGAGCUCCUCCAGACUCAGAACUUUAAAUACCACCUGUAUGGAUGGCUCCCAGAUUUAUACCACCAGCUCAGACUUCUCAUUAACUUCAAACUCCUCCAGCUGUGACUGCCAGAGAGCCAGUUCAAACCUAAGAUGUCAAAAGCCGAACUCUCAUGCAUAACUACCAGAACCUCUCCAGACUCUCAUCCUGGUGCUGAUAGCUGCGUUUUUCCAACUGUCAAGACCCAAAACCCUAGUGGCACCUGACUCCACUUUCUCUUAUAUCAUGCAUCAAAUUCAUCAGCAAAUCCAAUGGCCAACCCUUCAGAAUAUAUCAUGAACCUACCAUUUCUCAUCAUUUGUACUACUACCCCUGGUCCAAACCAUGUUAGAAUAGACAAAUUGGAUUCAACCUAAAUAUCCUAUUUUAGGAGAACUGCUAAGUAAAUUGUCAGUGUCAACUCAGUGUAGUUUAUGGUAUACUACGGUCUAAAGGUUCUAGCAGUAGAAAGAAAAAUGUUUGCUUAAGUUAAAAGCUUAAUAUAAUAAAUAAAUAAUUAUGUAUUCUUAUAAAUCAGAUGAAAAGGGGGAAAUCUCUAUAAACAAUAUCAAUAUACUUCAAACUAAUUCUACUGUGCCAAUUUCUGUUUCCUAUAAAUCAAAGCAUUUUGUAACUACUAUUGUAUAAAUGUGUUGUAAUUUAUACUGUUUCCCCAUUGGAUAUUCAGAUUGCACAUUUUUAAACACAAAAUAAUGCUGCAGUAGACGUGGAUAUACAUACCUUUAUUGUCAUUUUAGUGUAUAAUCCCUGCAAGUUUGUUAUGUCAUGCUCAUCUUUAUCACUUAACUUUUAAGUAAAAAUAAUUGUAUGUUUUAAAAAUA